UCCUGCUGCCGUUGCUGCUGUAAGUUGCGCUGGGGAAGGCCUAUUAAUAGUUACAAGAAGAGGAAAAAGCUCUUCUGGAGGCAGGAAAACCAAGUCAGGAAAGAAUGGGAGGAAGUGUGGCUGCCAUUUCGCCAAACAAUUUGGAAGGCUUUGAGCUUCCAGGCUCACAAGGCUUUGCCAUUGUUGCAAAGAAUGUGAAGUGAGCACAGUUCCUUUGUCAUUCAGAAGUGUUCAAGAGAAGGCCUUGAAUGAGAUGGGAAUGGAAUGAAGAAGAAACUCCGAAAAGGAGGAGGAACUGGUCCAGAAAAAGAGAUCUGCCCAUCAGUUGCACACACACACUGAGGUUUUGCAUUCUCUGUUUAAUCAUGAUGCACUUUUUGGUGGAAGUUUGCUUUUCCCUCUGAGAAACAAUUCUGAAGGCAUCUCUUGGAGUUAGAGUGGAAUUCCAUGAGAAAGAGAGAGUGAACAACCCAUCAGCAGCAGAGACCAGGAAUGUGUGAAGUGGCAGCUCCCACUUAGGAGUUUAUAGAAACAACACAUGGAUUUUCCAUUCAGCUGGAGGCGGAUAAUGUCUUUGCUGUAAAUGGUUUUCUAGUGAUGUGGUGCAGAGAAUGCAACUGACUAUAGUCUAAUGGAGCCCCUGCUGGUGCUAGCCUUCUCUGGUGUGGUGAAAGAGUAUCUGUUCUUUUAACCAUGGGGUCCAAUACACUCGGGAAAGCUGCAACAUUGGAUGAACUAUUAAGCACCUGCAUAAAAAUGUUUGAUCACAAAGGGGAACUGAGCAGCAAUCAUUUGCCAAGAACCUUCCUUUUAAUGCACCGGUGGUAUCUACCAUCCACAGAACUGGCAGGGAAACUUCUCUCCCUAUAUAGAGAUGCCAGUGAGGAAAAUUGCAGUGAAAUCCGCUUAAAAAUCUGUUACUUCAUGAGAUACUGGAUUUUGGAAUUUCCUGCAGAAUUUAAUCUGGACCUUGGCUUGGUUCGUCUGACUGAGGAGUUUCAAGAGCUAGCCAGCCGCCUAGGUUACGAAGAGCACAUCCACCUUAUUGAUAUCUCUAGCAUUCCCUCUUACGACUGGAUGAGAAGAGUCACACAAAGAAAAAAACCUUCCAAGAAAGGAAAAGCUUGCUUGCUGUUUGAUCACCUGGAACCCAUUGAGCUUGCUGAGCAUCUCACUUUUUUGGAGCAUAAAUCUUUCAGAAGAAUCUCUUUUACAAAUUAUCAGAGCUAUGUGAUCCAUGGUUGCCUGGAGAACAAUCCAACUUUGGAAAGAUCAAUCACUUUAUUUAAUGGCAUCUCUAAGUGGGUCCAGUUGAUGGUCCUUAGCAAACCAACCCCUCAGCAAAGGGCAGAAGUAAUCACAAAAUUCAUCAAUGUUGCACAGAAACUUCUUCAUCUUCAAACUUUCAAUACGCUGAUGGCUGUGGUAGGAGGACUAAGCCACAGUUCUAUUUCACGUCUCAAAGAAACUCAUUUUCACCUUUCCUCAGAAGUUACAAAGGAUUGGAAUGAAAUGACCGAACUAGUCUCCUCCAAUGGAAACUACUGUAGCUACCGCAAAGCUUUUGCUGAUUGUGUUGGCUUCAAAAUUCCGAUCUUAGGAGUCCACUUGAAGGACCUGAUAGCAGUUCAUGUCGUCUUUCCAGACUGGAUUGAUGAGAACAAAGUCAACAUAGUAAAAAUGCAGCAGCUUUCAGUCACCUUGAAUGAGCUGGUUUCCCUCCAGACCGCUUCUCACCAUCUUGAACCAAACAUGGAUUUAAUUAAUCUGCUAACGCUUUCCCUGGAUCUCUACCACACUGAAGAUGAUAUUUACAAACUCUCACUGGUGCUGGAACCAAGAACUUCAAAAUCACAGCCUACCUCUCCAACAACCCCUAACAAGACCGUGGUGCCACUUGAAUGGGCAUCUGGAGUCAUACCAAAACCUGAUCCGAGUAUAAUUAACAAACACAUCCAAAAACUAGUUGAUUCUGUUUUUAGGAACUAUGAUCAUGACCAUGACGGCUACAUCUCUCAAGAGGACUUUGAAAGCAUAGCAGCUAAUUUUCCUUUUCUGGACUCAUUCUGUGUAUUAGACAAAGAUCAGGAUGGCCUUAUCAGCAAAGGAGAAAUGAUGGCUUAUUUUCUGAGGGCCAAAUCACAGCUGCAGUGUAAAAUGGGACCAGGUUUUAUACAUAACUUUCAAGAGAUGACCUAUCUUAAGCCAACUUUCUGUGAGCAUUGUGCUGGAUUUCUCUGGGGUAUAAUCAAGCAAGGCUUCAAAUGCAAAGAUUGUGGUGCCAACUGUCACAAGCAAUGCAGAGAUCUGCUAGUUCUAGCCUGCAGAAAGUUUGUCAGAGGGACAUCACUGGGCAGCAGUCAUGGUUCCCUGCCCAAUAGCCCGUCAUUACCAUCAGGGCAAGAUGAAGUAUUUAACUUUCCUAGUGUAACAUCACAAAAUCAGGACCUAGAUAGCAGAGCAAUCACUCUUGUCACUGGCAACUCUCAAAAGAUUUCAGUCCAUCUACAGCGGGUGACCACCAGCCAAGCAACCCAGACAGAGCCACUGUGGCAUGAGCCUGAUUGGGGUGAUUCAGGACCACACACCUUCCCCAAAAUGAAGUCCAAGUUCUGUGGGAAAUCAGGAAAGAAUAAAGGUUUUGCGAAAUGGGAGAAUGAAAAAUCCAGCACUCAAGCCGAUAUGGACAUCACAGUAACAACUACAGCACAUGUGUUGGAUAAGAAUGGACCAGAAAUGCUCCUAGAAAGACAGGAAAUGGAGGCUAGCUGAUCCACUGCUGCUGCAAAGAUGGAAGACAGAUCAAGGAAGCAAAAUGUGAUAUACUAUAAAUUGCCAGAUCUAGAUGAACUUCAUUCCACUGUUAAAUUCAGCUAUAUCAGCACCUGUGAGAGAAACUUAAUGACAGAACAUAUUUAUUUUUUUCAUCUAGAUUAAGUAAUUUCAUCACUCUUGCACAAAGCGAAAACAAGGGAGUGUUAUGGCUCCAGCAGGUCAUGCAUUCUUUGUUGCUAUUUCUCAGGCAAGGAAAACUGGCUCCAGACUAUUUUACUACCACGAAGGACACCUUGGCACCUAGACAUGUCACAACUGUCACAGAAACCAGCCUUGCAUGUGUUACUUUUUGUGUGUAUGUUAAUGUCAGAUCUUCUGAUGUGCACAAUGUACUUAUUCCUGUUCUUUUAUUUGAGACUGCAUUCUUUAUCUGGCAAUGAUAGCUAGAAAGAAUACCUGGGCACACACUCAUUUUAAUUUUAUCCUCGGCCAGGGUAUUUUGUUUUUUCCACAAAAUUUGGAAGAUGUUUACAUUUUCCCAUUAAAUAUGUAACAAGCUACUGCUGUGUUGUACUACAAAGUCCCUGCACUAGGUAACUGGAUGAAGUCAUUUUAAAUAUCUACCAGGUGUUAAAAGGCGUGUAGAAUUCAGGUGCUAUGGCGAGUCACGUGGCUGUGAAGGAACUGGAGAAAAAAGGUCUUUCAAUUGUCAUGUGUUAUGCUGAAGUAAUCAUGUAGUACACAUUUUAGUUUAAUGGUUACUGUGUUUUGUUUUUACAUUUUUCAACAAAAGUUUGCUAAAUAAAACACUUGAUUUCAUAAAUAGCAGUA